AUUCUAUCAACAUGUGAAACAAACAUUUUCUCAUAAUACUCCAUCUAGUUCUUACUAUAAAUUUUUCUUACUUUUUAAAUUUAUUAAAUGAUUGAAGUAUCUGAUCUAUAAUAUAAGCUAGAUGCGUCAAGUUGGAUAGACUAUAUUAUAUAAGUAUAACCAAAGUUUCAUAGGAUCUAUCCAUUCAAGGUGAAGAAAUCAAAUCCAAUAAUGGACUACACAACCCUUAUGCUACUCAUAUCCAUUUUGUGGACAAUUAUUUUUUUCUUCAUCACUAACCAUGGAACCAAAACCUCUAAAUCAUCUUCCAAGCUUCCACCUGGUCCUCAUCCUUAUCCUAUCAUUGGAAACAUCUUGGAGUUAGUUGGCACAAACCCUUUAGAUGCAUUCACUCAUCUUUCUAAAAUUUAUGGACCUAUAAUUACUCUCAAAUUGGGAACUUCAACAACCAUAGUGAUUUCUUCUCCACAAAUAGCCAAAGAAACACUUCACACAUAUGACAUAGUUUUUUCAAGCAGGACAGUCCCAGAUGCUGCAAAGACACAUGAUCAUCACAAAGUUUCAAUGGUAUGGAUGCCACCAUCAUCCAAAUGGAGGACUCUUAGAAGAGCUUGUGCCACAAAAAUAUUCUCCCCUCAACAACUUGAGUCAACAAAAUUCCAUCGCAAGAGAAAGGUGCAAGACUUGAUUAAUUAUGUUCAUAAGUGUUCUGAGAAAGGUGAAGCUUUUGAUUUUGGUGAGGUUGUUCUUGCAACAGUUAUGAAUUCAAUAUCUGAAACUUUCAUUUCUAUGGAUUUAUUUCAUUACUGUGGUUCUAGUGAUGAUGUUAAGAAAUCAAAGGAGUUUAAGGAAUUGGUAUUUGGUAUUAUGGAAGAAGUUGGAACGCCUAAUGUUGUUGACUUUUUCCCUUUUUUCAAAUUUCUUGACCCACAAGGUGUAAAAAAAAGGAUGAGCAAACAUUUUGUGAAGUUGAUUGCUUUUUUUGAUGAAGUGAUGGAAGAAAGAAUUCGUUUAAGAGAUUCUGAUCAAUCUAAGGAAUACCAUGAUGUGUUAGAUUCAUUUCUGGAUCUUCUUAAAGAACAGUGUUUCGAAUUGUGUCGCCGCGAUGUCUUACACUUAUUUUUAGAUUUAUUCGUAGCUGGAAUAGACACAACAUCGACCACAGUGGAAUGGGCAAUGGCAGAGUUGUUACAUAACCCAAGUAAACUGACAAAGCUUAGAGAGGAAAUUCAACAAAUUCAUGAUAAAUCUGGACAAAUUGAAGAAUCUGAUGCAUCAAAUUUGCCUUACCUAAGGGCAGUAGUGAAAGAAACAUUAAGGCUUCAUCCACCAGUUCCAUUUCUAGUACCUCACAAAUCAAAACAUGAUGGUGAAUUAGCUGGCUACAUGAUACCAAAAGAUGCACAAAUUCUAGUAAAUGUAUGGUCAAUUGGAAGAGAUUCAAGCAUUUGGGCUAACCCAAAUUCAUUUGAACCUGAAAGAUUUUUGGAUAUUGAAACAGAUUUCAAAGGUAGAGAUUUUGAACUUGUUCCAUUUGGUGCUGGCAGAAGAAUUUGUCCUGGAUUACCUUUGGCUUCAAGGUCCAUUCACUACAUAUUGGCCUCUCUUUUGUAUCAUUUUGACUUGAAGCUAGCUGAUGAUCUAAAAUCUGAUGAUAUCGAUAUGAGUCAUAUGUUUGGAGUUACAUUACAUAAGGCUCAACCUCUUCUAGUUGUGCCCAUCAAAGCUUAGAUGGUAAUAUAAUAUCUAUGAUUCAAUCAUUAGAUAUUUUAUGUGUUUGGAUUGAUUUAUGUACCUUUGAAAAAAUUUACCAAACUACUUGUUAAAGUAAGUGAGAGAACAUAAAUAACUUAUGGUAUGUUCAUGGGUUAAAUAAGUUUUUAGUUAUUAUAAAUAUAUUGAAUUUUAUUUUUAGUCCCUAUAA